UAAUAGACAAGCCCAUAUUUAUUUUGUGCAGAGAGGCGGAGGUUCGGGUGGAAGUUGCAGCCCAAGCAAAAGCUGGUGAGCUCGCAAACUCCUGCAUACAGCUCUGAAAUACUUAUCAAAUAGUGUAGACUGUAGAGAAGGAUUAUCAAGAAUGGCGUGCAGGAGCGUGUUCAGAACGGUAUUCUUAAAGGAACCAUGGUUAUCUCUUCCAAGGAAUCCCACCUCUUUUCCUGUACCAUUGUUUUAUAACCACAAAUCUUCUUUAUCCAUUUUGCCUUGUCGCUGUAAAUGUAAAUCCCCAACUUAUAGAAGAACUCAGCUUCUUAAUUGCUCCAAUAACGGGAACCCAUCUACCUCUGAAGAUGAUCGUCCUCCUCAAGAAGUUGUCCUAAAGGCCAUUUCAGAAGUGUCCAAGACAGAAGGGAGAGUUGGACAAACUACCAACGUUGUUAUUGGGGGCACGGUGCAUGAUGAUUCAACUAAUGAGUGGCUAGCUCUCGAUAAGAAGGUGAAUUCUUACCCAACUGAAAGAGGCUUUACAGCUAUUGGUACUGGAGGUGAUGAUUUUGUGCAUUCUAUGAUUGUUGCUGUAGAGUCAGUGAUACAACAGCCCGUUCCCCAGGGCCAGGUGAAGCAGAAGCUAUCUUCAGGUGGAAAAUACGUAUCAGUAAAUAUCGGACCCAUUCAAGUUGUUUCCAGUGAGCAGGUUCAAGCUGUAUACGAGGCCAUGAAGAGAGAUGUUAGGAUGAAAUACUUUCUGUAAACUACUUUCGUCACUACCUUUGUAUAUAAUGGCAAUACCUAAGAGAGUAUGUCAUUUUGUACUUUAGUUUAACCUUGUUUUCCUAAUAUAUAUAUACGUAUAUUCAUUGAACUAAACAUUCUUACAUGAAUUUUGGGAACACAUGUGGAGGGUUAUUUAUGUAUUUUUCCUUUAAUGCGA